UCAACUUGUCGAGGGAAGGCUCCCGCAAGCCUUCAGUCUGGAACGCUCUUUCUGUCUUUUCUUGUUUUUUACUGUUCCUUGAUCUUCAAUUUUUUUCACACACUACCAACUUCCACCUCACAGCGCUAGUUAACGACCCGUCGCUACGAAAUUUUCAAGUCAAUGACCUCUUGAAUUGUCGGCCCCUCUAUCGCCCACCUUCUUCUCUGCACCUAAAAGUUUACACAAAACUUGAGCACACAACCAGCCACAUAGCAUGCCCCCCAAAGCUGCUCCCCGCUGUGGCUCAUCCGCCGCAGCGGCAAACAGACGCACGAAUGCCUCCGAACCUAGCUCGAACACCGCAACACCUGCACCGGGCGAGAAUGCCAGCGCCGGACCGUCAGCCAGCAGACCGCCCGUCCAGCGACUGCAAUCAUUGAAGAAACGCACCCCGUCCGGCAGCAUCGGACCCGCCGCGAAACCGCCGGCCCCGGGCGGGCCUGGCGAGCCGGCUAAGCCUACGUUGAAGUACAAACCGCGUGCGGUGGGGCGUCGCAGUAAAGAGGAGCGAGAGGCGAUUGAGAAACUCGAGGCAGAGCGGAACCGAGAGAGAUUGGCGGAGGCGGCGGCCAUCCAGCGCGGACGGGGAAAUCAUGGCCCGGGUGGUCGGGGCGGGUUUGGACGAGGUCGUGGGGGACAAUUUGGGUCUGCGAGCGGGCCUUUGGGGUCUAUGCAAGGCCGGAGGGGUCGGGGUGGUGGUCCGGGUGGGUUUGGAUCGAGGUUCAACGAUUCCAGGGCGUCGUCUAUGUCGAGGCGGAGUCGGUCGGUCAUUGAUAUUGGGAGUGGGGCGGUUAGUCGGGAUGUGUCAUCCGAUGAGAGUGACAAUGAGAUCCGGGUCAGCAUUGAUCAUAUCAAUCUGGACAGUGAUGAUGAGGAGGCGGAGCAGGUGGUCGAUAAGAAGAAGGGAAAGCUUGCGAUGAAGAACGCGGAGGCUUCCGGGGAGAAGGGUCUACGACCCAUUCGUGUGGAGAGACAUGAGCAUGAGGAACGGGUGGUCAGCGUCAAUAUGGAGUCUAGCUCGAGUAAAUCUGCCGAGCUCCGCCAACAAGCGCAAGCAAAGGCUGCAGAUGAUGGCGCUCUAUUUGUGCCAGAUGAUGAUGGUUCAUCUGGUUCGGCUACGGAGACGGAGACGGGGCCCCGGGUGAAACAAGAGCCUACGGAUGAUGACCAUGCUAUGGCGGAUGUCGUUCCCCAUGCGGAUGAAGGACUGACCACCGAUGAUGGCUUCCUGCCGGAGCAAAAGGUGAAGGUCCGCCGGAAGAUCUCUCGGGAGCCACCCGCCGUCAAGGAUCCUAAGAGUUUACUACGCACCAAGGAAGAUAUAGAAGAGUAUGAGAGACAUGUGCAAGACCUUGCGAUGGUGAAGGAUCUGUUUACGAAGGAAGAGCCUAAAGAGUCACAGCCCGAACAAGUUGAGGUUGAGUCUUCGGCGGAGGACACAGAGGCGGCGGCGGCAGACGACGCGGAGAAGGACAAAGAUAAGGAAAAAGAAUCGGAAGAGGAAGAAGAUGAGUCUGCUAAGGACAAACUAUCCGGCCAGUUAUUCCUGAUGCAAUUCCCACCCAUGACACCUAAUCUGGUGCCAGAAAAUAGUGGUGAUAAAGCCGCUGCGGCGUCUAUAGAAGCUCCGGGCCAGGGUGCCCCCGAUGGGACAGCUAGUAGCAACGGUAUUGCGCCACAGCAAACGGGAGUCAAACGCGAAGACGGUGUGGAUAUUCUCGAUGAAGCGGAUGAAUUCCAGCCCACAGAGCCUUCUAAGGUGGUCACCGCUACGGAUUGGCAGCUCAAGGCCGGACGCGUAGGCAAGUUGAAUGUCCAUGCAUCCGGACGAAUGACGAUGGACUGGGGCGGUAUCAGCUUUGAACUGGAUCGCGCCACUGCCGUUGACUUCCUCCAAGAAGCACUGAUUGUAUCCGCGGCUGCCGAUCCAGCUGAAGGGGGAGUUCCGGAAGAGGAAAACAGAGUAUGGGCUAUGGGACAGCUCAGCGGCAAGUUUACCGUGACGCCUGAUUGGGAGAAGAUGCUAUGAAGCGGGAAGGGCUACGGCAACAUCAAACCCUAAUAGACGUCGAGUCAUGAAGGGUGGUCUCAGGGUAGUAUCCACCCGCCAUGCUUGAGGCCCGACUCUCUACGGCUGUGGCGUAUCAGUUGAUUGAUCUCUAGAUCUGCAUCUGUAUCCCAAUGCAUCUAGAAAUAGCGGCCAACGAAAUUCAAAGAGGCCGACGAAUCAUGGGGAGGGACAAGACCUGCUCCACGAAUGCUGUACUCCCUUAGGUACCGUACUUACCGAUCUUAACUUCAGGGAAAGUUGAUGACGUGCAUUGCGGCGAUGAAGGUGCACAAUAAGCUCCACGGACUGACCUCAGAACAUUCCUAUAAUUAGUACAGGGACGUGUGGCCGACGAAACAAGUGAACAUUCAUUGGCAGAGAGUUGAUCUGUAUGUAAGUGUAUGUAAGAUGAAUGUUGUUCCGAUAUAUCAAAACAAAGUGUACGUAACAUUUUUUGCCGUUGGAUUGAAUGCACCACGUCACGGCGUGUCGUUUCCUCUGCCUUCCUGACUUUCUUAGUAAUUUUUUUUAUAUUUAUCUUUAUUUUAAUUUUAUCUUUUUAUUAUUAUUUUUGGUUUCUUACCUUAUCUUUGAAUUUCUGCAUGAUUUCCGUUAGCUACUACCCAUGACGGUACAACGUACGAUAAGGGUCCCGUGCGAAAAUCG